CCUUCUCCUCUCUACAUGAAACACAACAAAUAUUGACUGGGGCUGGGAGUCGAUCAGUUCAGUGGAUUUUAACCUUCAGUUUUCAGCUCAGCAGGACCGUCCAUCUCUCAGCGCUGUUGUAUUGUUUUAUAUGUGUGAGAGUGUGUGUGUUUGGAGGAAACAUGAGGCGUCUUCUGCUGCUUCUCGGGCUCCUGCUGCUCCAACAGGCCUGCUGCUUUGAGUUUGUGAUAGAUGGAGAAUGGGAGGAGGAAAUGUCAGAUAUGCGGGAUCAUCGGGAGAGGCACAAGAGAGCCCUAUUGACCAGCGAGGAGCAGGAAGACUUUGAGGCAAUCCGUGGGGAAGACAUCACAGUGAAGAGCUACAAGGUGGAGAGCCGCAUCACGUCCCGGUUCGCCCACACCACGGUCCGGAGCUCCGUGCUCAACUCGGGCACCAAAGCCCAGAGCAUCGGCUUCAAUGUGCAGAUCCCCAAACGAGCUUUCAUCACCAACUUCACCAUGAACGUGAAUGGAAUUAUAUUCGUGGGCUCGGUGAAGGAGAAAACUGUAGCCAGGAACCUGUACGCCCAGGCCCGAGCCCGAGGCAAGGCAGCAGGCAUCGUCAGAGCCAAUUCCCAGGACUUGGAGACAUUUAAAACAGAAGUCCAUGUUCCUCCUGGCAGUAACAUUGAGUUUGAGCUGCACUACCAGGAGAUGAUGCACAGGAAGCUGGGCGUCUACGAGCACUCACUGUUCCUGCAGCCUGGGAGGCUGGUGCCACAGUUCCAGGUGGAUGUGUACAUCUUUGAGCCCAAGGGAAUUUCCAUGGUUGAUACACCAAACACCCUCGGAGAGAAGUUUGCAGACAAUAUCAAAGUAACAUCGUCCGAAAAGAAGGCUCAUAUUGUCUUCAAGCCUAACCUCCAGCAGCAGAGAAAAUGUGACAACUGCACCGGAAGCGCUAUAGAUGGCGUCUUUAAAGUCAGAUAUGAUGUGACCCGGGACAGCAAUGCCGGAGAACUGCAGAUCUCAGACGGCCACUUUGUCCAAUUUUUUGCCCCCUCCAACCUCUCUCCUCUCCCUAAAAACAUUGUGUUUGUCAUUGACGUCAGUGGAUCCAUGUGGGGAGUCAAGAUGAAGCAAACAGUGGAGGCCAUGCAGGCCAUUCUAGAUGACAUGACCAUAGAUGACCAUUUCAGCAUCAUCGACUUUAACCACAACGUGCGCUGCUGGAGCGAAGAGCUGGUGGGUGGCUCCUCUAUUCAAAUCACAGAUGCCAAGAAAUACGUCCAGAACAUCAAACCCAACGGAGGUACCAACAUUAACGAGGCUCUGAUGAGAGCUGUGCAGAUGCUGGUGAGGGCGUCCAAUCAGAGGCUCAUCGACCCUCGCUCUGUCUCCAUGAUCAUCCUGGUGUCUGAUGGAGACCCGACCGUGGGUGAGAUUAAGCUGAGCACCAUCCAGAAGAAUGUGAAGCGUGUGAUGAGGGAGGAGUUUUCUCUCUUCUCGCUGGGCAUCGGCUUCGACGUGGACUAUGACUUCCUGGAGCGGAUCGCCAUGGAGAACAGAGGCAUGGCUCAGAGGAUCUACGCCAACCACGAUGCAGCAGAGCAGCUCAGGGCAUUUUACAGACAGGUCUCCUCCCCCCUGCUGAGGAGGAUCACGGUUCAGUUCCCGGAGGACACGGUGUCAGACGUCACCCAGAACCAAUUCGAUAAAUACUUCAGUGGCUCAGAGCUGGUGGUGGCUGGGAAAGUGAAGCCGUCAGAGAGCAACACCCUGACCAGCUUCACCACCGCCUCCGCCGCCCGUCUUGACAUCAAUCUGGAGACGGAAGGAGACUUUGCGGUGCUGGACACAGAGCUGGCUAAACAGCAGCACUCGUUCACGGGCUUCGCCAGACAGAUGUGGGCCUACAUUACCGUCAAACAGCUGAUCUCUGAGAGGUCUCUGGCUCCCACAGCGGUGAAGAAGAGGAAGAUCACACAGAGGAUCAUGGCGCUGGCCGUGGAGCAUCAGUUCGUCACUCCACUCACCGCGCUGCUGGUGGAGAGCGAGGAAACCAACGAGAGGCUGCUGGCCGACUCCCCGAAGGACCCCAAGCAUGGCUGCUGCUCAGGUGUGGGGUUCGGAGGAGGCUCUUCCUCCUUGCAGCCGACUCCAGUGGAAUUUGUCUACCAGGCCCCCCCCUGGGUCCAGAUGACCACUAAUGCCCCCCCCAGCCAGGUUAACAAGGGCCCCGAGGAGUACGCCCUGCCUCUAAAGGUCAACUUAGUGGAUAACGACCCUCACUUCAUCGUCCACCUGCCCAGAAGCAACAUGGACGUCUGCUUCAACAUCGACUCCACCCCCGGACAUAUCCUCAACCUGGUGACUGACACUGGAACAGGUCUGGUGGUGAACGGUCAGUUGAUCAGCUCUAAGAAAGCGCACAAAGGCAAACUGAGCACGUACUUCGGCACUAUCUCAGUGUACUACCAGCCCGAUGGAGUCAGCGUGACUGUCGGCACUGACAGCAUCUCCAUGACCGACGGCCCGAGAAACCACUCCUUCACCUGGGGGGCUACUGCGAAUAUCUCACAGGAUGGCGUGAGGAUUUCCAUCCUGAAGAACUCUCAUGUGUCCAUCACAAUAAAUAAUAAUAUCCAGGUGAUGGUGUUACUUCACCGUGUGUGGAAGAAAAAUCCGUUCAGUGUUGACUUCCUCGGUGUUUACAUUCCCAACCAUAACCAGUACUCCCCUCUGGUGCACGGACUCAUAGGGCAGUUUUCCAGAGAUCCUGAGGUGAGUGUCUACAACAUGCACGAGGGAAUGGACCCUCUGAAGAAGGAGGCCACGAUGGAGGUGAAGGGUAACAAGCUGCUCGUCACCAGGGGCUGGCAGCAGGAUUACAGGAACGAUACGAGGCGUGGAUCAAGCAUCUACUGCUGGUUCAUACACAACAGUGGGAAGGGCUUCAUUGACGGCCACUACACAGACUACAUCGUCCCAAAUCUCAACAGCUUCCUGCAGAUGCUCUGAGCAGCCAGAGACACAUUCAAGUACCAUGCUCAUCUAUAUGCUGCACAAUUAAUCCACAUUUUAUUGAAGCCACAACAUGGCAAUAUUGAAAUCACAGGAAGCACAUAAAUAUGCGUUUAAAAACCAUCUUUAAUAAUGAGUUGUGGUGCUGCAGACACAUCCUGGCUUACAAAUCACACUCUACAGACUCUAACCCUAACCCUAACCCUUCGCUCAGAUCAUGGAUUUAUAAUUUCAGGAUCUCGCUUGCCCGAUACAUUUCUACCGUUGUAUUUCCUAUCAUAACCCCCAACCCUGUCAUAAAUAUUUCAUUCCAUGUAAUAAGAAAAACACCAGAAAGUAACUUUUUGUUAAAUUUAUUUGGACAAAAUGUACAUUUGCAAUGCUAAGAUCAACUUGAACAUCUGAUACAAAAUAAAAAACUAAUUGAAAA